AAAGAUCAAAUAUCCUUAAAAUUUUACUGAGUCUAUUUAUUUGAAAUGCAGGCUGGAACAUGACAUUUCUCUACUAAAAGUAUUUUUUUAUCCAAUAUAAUUUCUGUGAAACUGAACAUGGUUUUGUAAUUAGCAUUAUACAAUAAUCUUGAAAAACAAUCCUGCAAGGAUAAGCCGGGAUAGACAUUAGAUGAAAGGAUGGAUGAUGUUAUAGUUUAUUCAGAUGCACUUUACAAGUCAAUCACGGUAUUGCCGUGAUGUUUUAUUUUUGCCAGACGAUGGCGCUCUUGCUCAAUUGAAAAUAGGAAAACAGUUGUACUUCGUUGUACUUCAGUUUCAAGAUGACACUUCACAGGAACUGAGAAUAUCCUACCUUAAAACUAAAGGGUACAAAAGCUAAUUCUCGCAGGACCUUGCUGCAUUAAUCAGAAAAUGGCUCACUUGUAUUUUCAGGUUUGUCUUUUAGUGUUUGUAUUAAAAGUUCCUCCCAAAUGCAGAGCAACCUCAUUAAAAUCUGACUCUGCGGGUGCCGAGUUUGUGUCAGCUAUUAAAGAUCAAGACGUGGCUCUGUCAUGUCUAAACUUCAACAUCACGGAUCCAAGGAUUUGCUAUAGAAUCAGACUGACGAACAACACAGAUGCCAAGCAACCGUCAGUUAUUUUUGAGUAUCCAAAGAAAUCCCAGGAUGCCAAACGUGUGAAUUUGGAAGCAAACGUGAAAGGACAAACGUGUGUUUUUUUGAAAACCUUGCAACAAUCAGAUGGAGGGGAGUACAAUUUAGAAAUUUGGAAAGGAUGGGACAGAAUUGAUGUCACACAAAUAACAUUACAAGUGAAAGACUGCUGGACCCUUAAGCCAGAGGUGGCAAAGCCUGGCCAGAAAGUGAGUCUUAACUGUUCAGUGGAUGCAGAAACGGCCCCUUCAAAUGUCACAUGGGCGAAGAUGAAAGGGAGAAACUCUGUACCUGUUAAUUUGACAAGGGUUGAAAUCAAGGGUAUAUCCCUGACAAUCAAGUCUGUGUCUGCCAGUGACGACGGGUGGUACAAGUGUGAUUAUAUGCUCGGGCAAAGUCAGCGUUGCUCAGAGAUCAAUCUACGUCUUCAGGGUCAUCAAGAUGUGUCCGCAACUACCAUGACUCCAACAUCUGCAUUUACAGAAACUCGCCAAGCCUCUCCUUACAUUGCUUCGGAGACCAACAGGACGAAAGGAAGUGGUGGAACCUCGACUCUGGUUGUAGUCCUGACCAUCACCACGAUUUUCACACUUGCAGCACUAACAGGAGUGCUUAUUUACAGGAGAUACAAAACUCAGAGGAACUCUGCAGUCCGCUUUAGAGAGCCUGCAGAUGUUUAUGAGAAUGUCAGUCUUCCAUGUUCACCAGAUACUACAAAUCGAAUCAACAGCUUGUAUGCUUUCCCAGAGGAGAACGUAGAAGGACUCACCUUUCAAAUCUAGACAUUUUCUGGCUACUCAAGGAAAACACUGAAGAUCUUUCUCUGUUCCCUCAAAAAAUAAAUAAAAUAAAAUAAAAUUAAGACCAACCUGCCUGAACCAAGAAACAUGCCACCUUCAGCAUCACAUAAAUCCUUUUUUUCCCCCAUUGGUUUGACCUUCAGCAUUUUGUUAUCACCAUGUCUAAAUGCCUAAAUGCGGUGAGCUGCUACAAUGUAAUUGGCUGAUUCCUUACUUGUGCUAACACCACUGGACAGAAGUGCCUAACAAAGUUUCCAGUCAGUUUAUUUCAAAUGAUCCAUAUUUUUCAAGUUUGUUUGCUACACUGUUGUCUUUCAACAGGCUUUAUUUCAUCCAAAGUGAACAUGUGAUCUUCUCUUGUGUAUUUUAUUUUGCAAAUCUUGUUUUUUGUGUUGGCAAAUAAAACUAUUUCAGCAUUUAAGUAAA